AUGGGUGAUUGGUCAGAAAUUAAUUAUGAUAUGUUGGUUCUCAUAGCUAAGCGUUUCAAUUUAAUUGAAGAUUACUUAAAUUUCGCCUCUGUAUGCAAAUCCUGGCGACGUGCGGCCACCAACGAGAAUUUUAACACUAAUUUGCGUAGAGUUCCGUGGCUGAUGUUAGCCGAGGAAGAAGGCAAUUCAAGUCGACAGUUGGUCAGUUUUUAUAAUGGCGGCAUGAUUAUGAAGAAGAAGAUUCCAAAAGCUAGCGGAAAAAGAUGUAUGGAGACUAUGGGAUGGCUUGUUACAGUAGGAAAAGACGAAGGUGAAAUUAGUUUGUUACAUCCCUUCUCUGGUGUUCAUAUCGAAUUGCCCCACCAAAAUACCACCAAAAAUUAUCAUACACACUACCAAACUGGCGAACUGUGGACCUAUUUUCACAAGGCAGUUUUAUCUGCUAGUCCUUCUGAGACAUCAGACUACGUUCUCAUGGUAAUUGAGGGAGUUGAUUGGAGGGGUCAAGUUCUAGUUUGUGAUAUUGAAUCAAAUCAGACACAAGUAGUUGCACAACUAGCAAGGGAAUAUGAUGGGGAAGAGUUGUACAUAGUAGAAUCACUAGGAACAUUAUUUAUAGUUGUGCGUCACGGUGUUGGGUUAAGAUGCAUUACAGAUGAUAGCGAGAGGAUUCCAUUGACAUUUACCCAAGAUGAUAUUUUUGAUGAUCUUGAUGAGGAGCUAACUUAUGGGACAACAAAUAUUCGAGUUUUUGAGGUAGAUUUAGUUACUGGCGAAUUGACGCAAACUAAAGAAUUAGGGGAUAGAGCUUUUUUUAUUGGUCAUAAUGCUUCUCGCUCUGUUCAAUUUCCUGGAAUCAAGCCAAAUCAUAUUUAUUUUACAGAUGAUUAUUGGGAAUCAUACCUUUCAUUUGAAGAAGGUGGUGGCUUGGACAUGGGUGUUUUCAACUUAGCUGAUGGCACCAUCCUCCCGUUCCCACACUACAAGGGUGUCUCUUUAAGUCCCGUUUGUCCUCCAACUUGGGUUACACCAACUCUAUAUUGA